AUGUUUCAAUACAAUCGAGAUCUGGCCGCAAGGAGCAUUGAGUGGACCCCACGACGGCUAUGUUUUGUUGAGGCCUGGAGCUUCCCUGGGGUCAGCGCGGCAACCCCCUGGAAUUUCCGCCAUGGGUUUCUGGAACCCCAGCAGGUUGAAGAAUGGAUCUACCAGACCGGGAGCUUCGCCAUCCCCGCUUCCCCACCUUCCGUCGGCAGGCCGGACGGAGGUAUCCGAUUGUUGGCUUGCGAUUACACCUUGUUCAGGAGGGCCUCCCUCGGAAUGACUCGCGAUGACUUUGAGCUGGUCGAGUCAAUAUUUGGACUUCAUCCAGCCACCCUUCCCGCGCUGGAGGUGGGUAGUGGGACAUGCUCGAGACAUUUCGACGUUACACAACAGAGGAAUAAAUUAUCGAUUAUUCUGAAAGCGCCCCAAAAAUAUGAGCUUGGCAAUUUCAUGUUGUCCCUCGCUCAUGACAUCAACUCGCGCUGGACAACUGCAUUGCUGGCUGGUGAGUCAAUACUCGACGGGUAUACCCAUUUAGACGACAUUUCAGUGCUGCCCCAUGCAUCGUACUCGCCUUGUGCUAUCAUUCGAGCAUGCCUCGCCCCGUCAACUGCUUUGUGGAACGAACCUCUUACGCUUCCAUGCAUCAUGCUCAACGAUCACCUGAAGAGGCUACAGCAAUUCAGCAGUGGCGACCUAACCCGGCGUGUCACAUACAUAGAGGAGCAGCUAGGGGUGACCAAGGUCGGUCGGAGGAGUUCAAAGACGUUGACGCAUACGCCUGGAGCCACGGGAAAGCCAGUAGAAAGACCACAAGCUGAAUGGCUUACCACACAAAUAAACACUCAGCUAACAAGGUUACUGUUUACUGCGCGAGGACCGAAGUGGAAUUAUGAGGCCGCCACGCAGCUUAUCGAUAUUCAGAAAGAACUGCUUGGCAGCAGAGCCGAGGCUUUCGGCUUGAGCAGUGAGGUGCUACAGAUGUUGGAGCACAAUGUCAGCCUUGCAAAGUCAAUGGAGGAUCAUGUCCUCGGGUUGCAAAAGCGACUGGAGCUACAGCUCAAUGUGUUGUAUAGUUUUGUUGCUCAAACGGACAAUCGACUCAGUGCGCGCCUUGCAGCAGUAGCCGGGAGAGAUAGCACCUCAAUGAAGAUCCUGGCUUUUAUCACGACUAUUUUUCUUCCAGGAAGCUAUGUUGCUACUUUAUUUUCUAUGAACAUGUUCAACUGGGAAGAGGCGGCAUCGGACACUGUUUCGCCUCGGUUCUGGAUCUAUUGGGUAGUUGCAGCCCCUCUCACGCUUCUCACACUCGGCGGAUGGGCGUUAUGGUGGAGUUUCGAAAAGCACCGGUACGAUCAACAUUUGGAAGAAACCGUCAAGCAUGCGAGCGAAAUCAAAACUCCACCGUGGUGGCGAAGACUGCUAAAAAGCGACGACGGGCUGGGUGGGGAAGCGCACGGUUCGGGUGUGGUGAUCAAUGUUGGCGACGGAGGAGAGAUACGGAGCGUUGUACGGGAAGGCUCUCGAGAAAGGACUGCAUCGCGGGGCGGUGGGCGCGGUGGACGUGCAGUAAGGAGAUCUGACCGGUCAAGUAUGUCGAGUAAAUAA